UUUUGAAAGAGUCGGAGAUUGGAGAAGAUGGGCUCCUACAAAGCUCGAGAGCACUUGAACAAGGAGAAACUGUGUUCAUCUUCAUGUGAUCAUCAUCCUCUGGAGACCCCAAAAAGCCCCUAUCAAGCCAUGGAGUUCUUAUCGCGUUCAUGGAGCCAGUCUGCCACGGACUUCUUCAACAUCUUAUCAUCCAAAAACUUAUUGCUAGAUACAGAUGAAAGGCUAGAUACAGGAGUAGAAAGUAACUCAAGUCAAGGCAGCAGAGAUAGCAUAUGGAAAUGGCUUGCAGCUGGAAAGUCCGUGAGAAGGGUCCUUCAAAGGCAAAGAUCAGUCAAGAAUAGUUUGGGAUGGUUGGUGGAACGACCAUUGUCUAGCUUCUCCAGAAGGUAUAGAACAGAGAAAAAGAAGGAAGAAUUCCGACUGCAGACAGCCAAAGUCCAUGCAGCCCUUUCAGUUGCAGAGUUGGCUGCAGUGGUUGCUGGCUUCACAGCAGGCGGAGGCUUUGAACAGCUAGACAUCGAUGACUUUUCUAGCAAAGGUAGAAUACGGGACAAGAAGAUGGGUAUGGCUAUUGCUUCAGCUGCGACCUUGGUGGCAACAGUGUGCGCCGAGGCUGCGGAGUCUGCAGGCGCGCAUAAAGCCCACAUUGAAUCUGUCGUCAACUCUGCUCUCACUGCUCGGACUCCGUCUGACAUCAUCACACUCACAGCCACUGCCGCAACAUGUCUAAGAGGAACUGCGACACUGAAAUCGAGAUCUGUAACUAGUACAUGCUUCUCAAAUUACAAGGAAAUGCUUGCCAAAGGCGCCCAAUUAUCAGUAUGUACAUUCUCUGGUCAAAAAAAACUCAGAAGUGUCUGCAUUUGCAUCAAGCACAAAAGGCUCAUACUGAGAUUGGAGAAGAGAUACCUAAAGGGAGUCUUGACAAUUUUUAAACAGUAUAAGAUUAUGAAUGUGAUCAAAGCAAACAAGAAAGCUCAUGGUGUUUACUCAUUAUGCCUCAGUACCAGUGGAGGCAAUUUCGAGCUGCUGUUUGAAGAUGAAGAGCAAUAUGAUGUCUGGAGAUCAACUACCUCGCGCCUCUUGCUAAACCAACAAUCUUAUUCAACCACAAGCUCUCCAAAACAUGAAAUCCUUUGAAGUAUAUCCAGAGUUCAUCAUUUUCAAUUCACUGUUACAUAAAUAAACAUCAGAUUAGCUUGAUUUGUCUGGAAAUUGUGUACAUCAUUUUGUGAAAUAAUUGCAUUGAAAUAAAUGGAAUGGGCAAGAAAACCGCA